UAAUUAUUGGGAUGUGUAACUUUUAAUUUAUCCGAGUCGUUCAUCCGAAAAUAGAAAAAUCUUUUUGAGACUGUUGAUGCGUAUCGGACUUGCUCCGAUGACUCAUCUUCGUAAGAGAUUCCUUCCGGCUCCAUCACAGGUGAGGGGAGCCAGAAACUGAAUACAUUAAACGAAGAAAAGAAGGGCUGAUGUAUUUGUUUUAAACCAACCCAUCGCAUACACUGAAACCGUUUCAACCGAUUACGGGAAUCAAGUUGUUGAGAUUUGGGUGUCAAAUUAAGUUAAAAAAUCCUUCAAAUCCAUUUUGUCAAUAUUCAUUUUUUUUUCUCCUUUCGGAAACUGCAACAAUAGCAACCCAGAGGCGAUAGCUUUCAUUUCGAUGCCCUUUUUAUUUUUACCUUUAAAAUGUUUUUGUAAAUCCCCCUCAAAAGCUGAAUUCUCCCUAGAAACAUUUGUGGAGAGGGGGGAGUUGGUGAGGGGAUAAAAAGGAGACGCUCGACCGAUCUCUUUGACCAAUAGGCAAGCUUGGUUCAGAGGGUUGGAAGGUUUGGCUAUUGUCUGGGAUGUUCACCUAUACAAGUCGACUGGAGAGGGGAGACUCAAAAAACAAGUUUUUACCUACAACAGUCUCAAUCAGUUCCAUUAGACCAACAGGUCGUCGUCCAAGUCAAGUUGAGAUUUUUUCCCCCCUACUAACGCUCGCCGAGUUUUUAAAAAUUUUUUAAAAUGAUUAAAGUGAUUAUUAAGCGGAUUUAGUGCGGCUGGUGUUAAGUUUGGUCGACUGAACACGGUGUCAUGACAAAAUUGGAAUUGAAACUCUGAAAUCUUCUUGUCGACAUGGCUCAAGCGAUGGAUAAUAAUAUUCAUCCGAAGAUGGACAUUCAAAUGGGCACAGCUCUGGUGGGACCCAUGGAAUCUCGCAACGUUCCGUCCACCAUCCACGUCCGCAACCUAUGCCAAAACGGAAACAACCUGAUGGACCAGCAAUAUUAUCCGCACAAAUCGGAAUCUCCAAUGCCUUUGAUACCGGGGCCUAUCCAGACCCGAAUCUGCUCAUCGCCGGCGGGUCUGUCAACUGGCCGUCAACAUUUAUCAUCCGCCGGAACCGAAGAAACUUUAACCGAAUCAGAAUCGUCCGGCUGGUUGGGCGGAUUAUUCGGCCGCAUUCGUUCAGCGUUCCGGAAUUGGGACAACCAUGGCAAUAAAGGUGACGAGUGGGAUAUUCCAUUCGAAGCGCUCAGUGAUCUCGAGCAUUUAGCAUCCGGCACUCAAGGUGUCGUCUACAAAGCCCGGAUGCGUAGUGAAAUUGUCGCCGUCAAAAAAGUCAACGAUAAGAAUGAGAUUGAAAUUCCGGCCCUUCGUCAACUCAAUCAUCCAAACAUUGUCCGCUUCAAGGGAGCGUGUAAUGAAGCGCCUAAUUAUUGUUUGGUGAUGGAAUAUUGUCCGAACGGAACGCUGUACGAUUUUCUCCGGAGUGAAAACAAGUUGUCGCCCCAAUUGACCUUCGACUGGGCCGUCGAGAUCGCUGCCGGAAUGCACUAUCUCCACCAAAACAACAUCAUGCAUCGUGACCUGAAAAGUCCAAAUAUCUUGCUGGAUGCCAACAACGUGGUGAAAAUCACCGAUUUUGGCACAUGCCGGACAUUCACCAAUCAAAGCAUCUUGAUGACGGUCAUUGGCACGUACGCCUGGAUGGCGCCCGAAGUCAUUUGCAAAGGAAAAAGUGGAAAAAAAGCCGACGUUUGGUCUUAUGGCGUCGUUCUGUGGGAGCUCCUGACUAGGGAGACGCCCUAUCGCGACAAAAAUUACGGCGCCAUCCUCUACGGUGUGGGCAGCAAUCAGCUGCAGCUGCAUCUUCCGCCAACCCUUCCGGCGGCCUUGCUCGACUUGAUGGAAAAGUGCAGGGACAAGACUGCUCGCAAACGGCCCUCGUUUUUGGAGAUUCUACGCCACCUAUCCGACUGUUCGGCCGAACUGGUGGACCAGGAGCCGGUAAACUACGCCAAUCUCCAAUUGGAGUGGAAGAAGGAGAUUUGCUCCUUCGCCACCUACCGCAGCAAUCACCACUCGACCGUUUCGAGCGGCCAGGAACGGGAGACGAUGGAUGCCGUGUUCAUCAACGAAGAUAACAAUCGAAACAACAACAACAACGAUUACGUCGACGGUGGAAACUCUUUGGCGAAUCGGCAGGCUCAAAUCAAACACGUCGAAGACCUCCUAAAAGACAAGCUGAUUGAGCUGGUGCAAAGUAAAGUCUACAACGAGGUCGUCUAUUACAUGGACGUUCUCAAAGAAAUGAAACCUAAAAACAAAGAAAUGAGGGCCAAACAGCGCAAACGAAGUUACAAGCGAAGUGUCGUCAGGAGUCGAUCGGUGAAAUCAAUCAAGGAGCGAUUGGAAUCAGGACCAGCUCCUGGACGCCAAGAGGUCAAGGAAACGUGCCAACGGGAGGAAGAGGAGGAGACGUCGAAUGAGUCCAGCUCCAGAUCAAUGGGGCCCACCCAAUCCAGCUGGGAGACGUGCUCCGACGAGGAAGAGGAAAUGAAAAGUUCGCCCGUCUCCCUGUCUCGCAAAAGCUUUGGGCGGAAUCCAAUCCGGACGCGCAAACCUUUCAGGGAUCGUCCCACUUCGCUCUACUCGCGAAAUUCGCUCGACGAAAAUCGCCUUUCACUUGUUUCGGUCAACGAAGAUGACGGAGACGUGCCGGAAGUUUGAAUUUUGGUUUUUAUUUUUUAUUUUUUAAAGUAAUCCUAUUAUGCAAAACGUGACGCUGACAUUUCUAUUUGGAGGGGGAGGGGGGAGAUGUACAGUUAUUAACGCGUGAUGCGCGUUGGUGGCUAAUAUUCACGUGGAACCAGUUUCUAUAAUAUCUUCGUUGAUAUAUUCUAACUGUUUAUUUUUCCAGAAAAAUGUUUGAUUCCGGUUUUUUUUAGUGUGCUAAAAGAAUAUGUUUCUUUGUGAGGUGUUGCUCAAGGCGUUGGUUAAUUUUAUUUUUUAAAAUUAUUUGACUACUUUAUUUUUUGAAUUUCAAUGAGUUGCAUCAUUCUUUUAAUUCAUUUCCUUUUUUAUUAUUAUUUCGUAUUAUUAUUAUGCCCUUCCUAAAUCGUAAUUCGAGCCAACUUCGUCUGCAUUGCCAUGUCUUCGCCAACCAUAUUUGCCAUAUCUCAAAUGCGCCAUAACUUAAACUUUCAAAAGAAAUACAACGACGUUAUCUUUUAUACUAUACAACGUCCUCAUCGAAC